AUGAAUUAUGGCAAUAAUCUUGCGUCUCGAACUUUUUUUCCCGAAUCUCGUCGAGAAAAUUGGGUUACUCAGCGUCGCUUCAGUAAUGAGGUCAUGGAUUCAAAAGCCAGAACAGAGGAUGUUAUAAGUGCAAUACUAUCAGCAUCAGCAUCUCCUCCUUUCUUUGAUGGUUCACCGCCUAGCCGACCGAUGAAUCCAUUGAUUCAUGAUGUUCGCUUUGUAAAUUAUGGAAAACAAUUCAACGGUUUAUCAUCAUCAACAACAACAACGUCAAUCAGUGCAUCUACUUCAGUUUCAUGUGCAAACCCAAAAUUACUUGGACAAAACACUCAAGCACCACCACCUAGAAUUGAGGGCUUUGAUUCCUCAAAACUCUCAUCAAUAUGA